AUGGAGAAUAAACCUCUAAGAAACUUCAAAGAGGUGGAUGUGGGGACCUUUGUGCGACAGACGUCUGUUGCGCGGUUCCAAGUGGGCCCAGGUUUGGAGGAUCAUCCAGAAUUAGGAAAAUGGCGGAUGGGACUCACCGCGCUUUCUCAGAAGUACAAUCUCUAUUUUGCAGGUUAUGGAGAGACCAUCCACGUUACCGUUCCUAGAAAUGUCCUCCAGACGAUGCCCGGAAUUGCUGACCUCAAGAUUGCUCUCCCGAAAUCAGUAGCUUCGCGUGGCGUUCCUGCCCAUAUCACCUCAAUAGGCGAGAUACCUAAACCUCAUUAUAUGAACAAUCUGAUUGUUGCAAACCUCGGCAACUUGGAAAUAAUUUUGGUGUGUUGUGAUGACGGGGAUGUUCUAGCAUACUAUACACAUCUCAUCGAUCAGGAGAUCGCAAAACUGCAGCCAACUGUUCUGAGACGCGCCUUCGAUAGCCUGACUAAACCUAUGUUCCACGAGAACGUUGGAAUCAGCGCCUGGGGCCUCGCUGUCCACGAGAAAUCCCGUCUUAUUGCUGUUUCCUCGAACGCUGUCGAAGUUACCCUCUUUAGCUUUGCUCGUAACUUUCAUGGUUAUCCUGUGGAAAUACCCGCCGACGAGUUGUUUUCCAAUUCGGAGUGGUUUGCAUCCCCAAGGAUGCAACUUUUCACCCGUAUCGACCAGCCACCAGCUUCGGUCUACCAUAGACGGGAAGGAGGAUACAAGGUAACGUUCAGCCUCUUGGGUCGAAGUAGUAACAUGCCUGCCAUAUCAUUUGCUAGCGACCCCUAUGGCGAGGCUGAGAUGAUACUCGCUGUAGAUAUUAUUGGCAAACUGUGGCAGCUGAAUCUUUGGGGACGGAAGAGCCGAACUCCACUACUGAAGCGUGUCUACGGAAUGCAGACAGCCGAGGGGGCCAGGAUGCAAGCAUUUAAACUCGAAGCGGAGCCAGCAGAUGCGUUGGGUAUGCCAAAAUGUCGUCACAUCAUCAACCACUACAAAUCUUCCGGAAAAGAUACUCUGUGCCUGGAUAUCACACCAUCUAAACACGCCGUCAGAGACCCGACACUGGAUAAAUCGUCGGUGAGCUUAGUGCUUGAGAGCGAUGAUCCACCCGAACGGCCAGAUGGUCCAACAUUCUAUAGAUUUGCACACCCAUCGCUGUCCUCAGGCCCUAUUCCAGAUUCUGCAACCACUCCGUUGGUAUCGUCACCAGGAAUCGUGGUAUCGAGCCGCACCGCAUCAACGAUAUCGCCACAAACAGAUAUAGAAAUAAACUCACGACGUCAGAUAGCUGAUUUCAAAAUUAUGUUGAAUGGAUUCGCAUCGCUGCCUGGCCGAAUCUUCGAUGAUUGGAGAGAGCUCGGAGCGCUACUGUUCCCCCACCAUACAGCACAACCUGCCCCCUACAUUCUCCCCGAUGGUUCCGCCAUUCUUCGAACCUAUCAAUUCGAUAUCGAAUUGCUCCCACCUACGAAAGCAACUCCGCCAACUAUAUGCACAGAUGUCUUUGGUAUGCCCGCCCGAGAAUUAACUAAUGAUCAGCAAGGCAUCAAUCGAUUGAAUAUGGUGACCUGUAUCCCUGAACUUUCUCUAGUGGUUGUUGCUUCCCAAGCCGGAGUUGUCGCACUGAUAACUCUCACAAAGCUGGAGGAUGGCUUCUCGACUCGCGGGCCAGUCGUUAUGUUUCGCCUCGACUAUAUCCUUCCAUUCAAAAACCACCGGACCCAUAGUGGGACGGGAUUGCUGGGCAUAGCUGUCUCGCCCGUAUGGACAGGCCAGCCUGGGGGUAGCAAAUCAUGUGCUGGGCCACAGAGAUGGCGGUUGAUCUUGCACUAUAGGAAUUUUCAUCUUUUGAGCUAUGAAUUGUAUCGGGAUGGAAAUAAUGACUUGUUUGUUACUUGA